AUGUUUCCCAUCUUUACAGACAUCAGCAGUCUCACACAGGGGAGAGACCGUUUUCCUGCCCUGAGUGCGGGAAAUGUUUCCUACAGAAAUCAUACCUUGUUAGGCAUCAAAGAUCUCACACUGGAGAGAGACCGUAUUCUUGUUCUGAGUGCGGGAAAUGUUAUAGACAGAAAUCAAACUUUGUUAUACAUCAAAGAUUACACACAGGGGGGAAGCCUUACUCCUGCCCUGAAUGCGAUAAAAGUUUUUCACAUAAGUCCAAACUUGACACACAUCAGAGAAUUCACACGGGAGAGAAGCCGUAUUUCUGUCCUGAGUGCGGGAAAUGUUUUUCUCGGACAGCCCAUCUUAACAGACAUCAGUGGUCUCACACAGGGGAGAAGCCAUAUUGCUGUACUGAGUGUGGGAAAUGUUUUUCAGAGAAGUCCAGUCUAUGCACACAUCAGAGGAUUCACACGGGGGAGAAGCCGUAUUCUUGUCCUGAGUGCGGGGAAAUGUUUCUCAAUGAAAUCGGACCUUGUUAGACAUCAAAGAUCUCACACAGGUGAGAAACCGCAUUCCUGUACUGAGUGUGGGAAAUGUUUUUCAAAGAAAUCAAACCUUGUUGUACAUCAAAGAUCUCACACGGGUGAGAAGCCGUAUCCCUGUCCUGAGUGCGGGAAAUGUUUCUCAGAGAAGUCAAGUCUUGUUAAACAUCAAAGAUCCCACACAAGUGAGAAGCCGUAUCCCUGUCUUGAGUGUGGGAAAUGUUUCUCAAAGAAAUCAACUCUGGUUAUACAUCAAAGAUUUCACACAGGUGAGAAGCCGUUUUCCUGUCCUGAGUGUGGGAAAUGUUUCUCAACUAAAUCAGACCUUGUUAGACAUCAAAGAUCUCACACAGGUGAGAAGCCGCAUUCCUGCCCCGAGUGCGGGAAAUGUUUCUCAAAGAAAUCAACCCUUGUUAAACACCAGAGAUCUCACAGAAACGAGAAUCCAAAUUCUUUCCCUGAGUGA